AUGUUCACUGCACUUCUCGGCCAUUUACAUGCCCACGAGCCUUUUGAGGACACACCUGUGGCCACUGGCGACUUUGACAGGACACCACCUCCGAGCAAUCGGCCUUCGCUGUCGCUGGCUGGCAGCGAGGGCAAACAUUCCUGCAUCGCCGACAGAAAAGCUACGGCUACCGGUAGUCGAGUUUCGGAUCUUGCUGAGAAAAGUAGUCGAUCCGUCCCCAGCCAAGAGCUUUUUGCUGUUCAUCAAGAGAAUCGUGCGGUGCGCGAAAAAAUAGCAAAGCCGGUGGCCGCCAAAGUCUCGCAGUUGAGUCCUGAAAACCAAAGUAUUAAAGUGCAAGUAAAGAUCGAGCAUCCUCUACAGGGAACUCGUGUGCCUUUCUCUGCCAAGGUUCAUUGGUCUGGGGAGCCUCGGCCGCUGUCAUCCAGUCCUUUUCUUCCGACCAAACACCAGCAAUUGAACCACGUUCUCGAACCGGCAUCCUCGUCGAUGGCUCAUCCUGCACCGAGCCUCCAAGCCAUAGCAGCUGAAACGGGUGUAAUGCCGUCAUCUGAAAUUGUUUCGCACUCUCCACGUGAACCUAAGCUUGUAACAAGAUGCCAAGGGCAUAGUUGCGUCUCUAAAGUUCGACCGGCAGAAGAAGAUGAUCCAGCACACGAACCUGCGGCCCUUGGACGUAGCCAAAGGCUGGAUUCUGAGCACCACCCCAGCGCCGUCGCUUUAUUUGGCACAGGAAAGAAGACUGCACACAUGGUUGAUUCUCUGGAUGACAAGCUGACGUCCCUGCCACCGACAGCUGAUUCUUUCAAUGUCUCUCCAGAUACGUCACCCCAGGAGAAUUCUGCAGGAAAUUCACACGCCACUGAAGACAUCAAAAAUGAAAUGCCUAGACAUCUUGACAUCUAUGGGGUUAGUCGGUGCUCUAGCGUCCAAGGCAACGAUUUAUCAGGCCAAAUAGCGGACAAAAUUUCUGGGCAAACAACCCCCAUUCUCUAUAAUGAUUUAUCAGUGCCGGUCUCCAAGGUUCGCCCAUUUGCCUCGGAGCCAAACCUAGAUAUUCGAACCGGAAGCUACCCAAUUUUUGGCCCAAAAGUUCAAACCCUCUUGGACCCCACGCCGAGCCAUAUCUGCUCAGACGUCCCUAUGAGCUCUUUCUCAACGGAGCCAACACUUGACUCCGUUGUUAACGAGAUUUCUUGCAGAGGCGAUUCGUUCAGUACUAUUGGGUCGCACAAGGGUCAUCAUCAUCCACGCUCACCGAGAAUGAUGGUGCCGAUGACAAGUGGCGACCACUCGAUAGAAAAUUGUCCCGCAUCAUACAAAGUAUCUCUAACGGCUGACGAGGCGCUCAAUCACUCGGUAAUGAGGUCUGCGUCUCCUAAUGGUGGCGGCCUUUCAAGAUGCGGAACUCCGGCAAAUACCAACGACACACGCUCUGGCGCGUCAAAAUUGCAAUUGUCCGGAAGGAAUAGGGAAACAUCUGACAAAGAGUUCGCUCGUAAAUACCCUUUGGCUAACUCACAACCAGAAGAAGCUCUGACAAGAGUAAAGAAACCCAAUUCCGUUGCCGGAAGACGCACGACUCCUGAAUCAUAUUCCCGCAUGCUUCAUUCCCCAGUACCCGUCUCCAAGGUCCGUCCGGCUUUCCAGACGGAAUCCGCGAGCAAUCUUCAAGCCCAUGAACACAGCUCCAUCUCGAAAGUAGGACAUGUUGUGGACUACCCGGGUCAAGGUAGUCAGCGUGAAGAGUCCCAUUUUAUGACAGCAUCGGAUGAAUGCUCCCAAGACAAAGGUGUACAGGCUCAUGCUGCAAGUUCACGCGGGUCUUCGAGCCAUACCCAGGCUGUAGGCUCAAUGUUUGAUUACAAACGCACGACUCAAUGGCUGAAGGAUGUAUUGAAACACCCUCCAACGCGUUCGCCAAAGUAUACAAGCCGGCCUGGUCAAAAUACUCAGCAAAUGUGCAAUACAUGGCCUGAGCAAAAAUUUGAACGGUCCUGUACUGCCUUUCCAAAUUCACCAGAAAGACGUUCCCUGUCACCUGAAAACGAAUCGUCAAGGUUUGACCGCAUUGGAUUUAAACGUGCAGUAAGUGACCUGGAAAAACUCCUGAACGAGGCAUUAGCCAUUGCAACGCAGGUUGUCGAUCACCCAACUUCCACUGGACAACAAGCCGCGUGCAAGCAAAAUUCCCCAAGCUGUCAAUCUCAGUGUAGGAGCAUCGGCGGCGGAUUGGCAAAGGCCAAGGUUUCUCAUGUCGUAUUUGCAACCCCAAGUGUAGAUGGGAGCAGCGGAGAUUUGGGCCCGGCAGUCUCUGAAGAUGAGGCAGUCCAAGGUCAGGCCGGAAGACUGCAAAGGGCCCAACCGCGGUCAGGGCUCAACGAAUUUCUCAACACUCGUUCCUCCGGAGACGGUAUUGACCAAAAAAGCACUCAAGGUCUUGGAGGGAGAGGUGGACUGAGAAUUCCUCGAAGGAAGUCCAGCAUAAAGUUGAGAACAGUUGCCACGACACAGCUCGAGAACGGAGCCGCAGUAGGAUAUCAAGCUAUUCAAAACCCCAGGGCAAGUCACGCAAAAGAAUUCGCGGGGAAUCUCGAAAAGCCGCCUCAAGAAUCCCAAGCCGGCAACAGAACUGGUGCAAGUGGCCCAACAUACGGACCGCUAGCGGCUACUGACGACAUGCUCCCGGAACGUGAUAUUGCUGGAAGACCUUUGCACACAGACCAUGGUAUUAGCCUUCGUCGGCGGUCGCACUCACCUCUGCGAAAGCGGUUCGUCGCCGCCGUAGCAUGCAUCAGCACGGGACUGAUUGGAAUCAUAUUGGGCAUAUAUUCUGGCUUGGUUCCUUCUAUCCAAUACUACGUCCUUGACGAAUCUCAUGUUAUAAUCCACGGCAACACCGGUUGCUUCCUCGGCCUGGCUCUGCCGACCUUUUUCCUCUGGCCAUUGCCUUUGCUACAUGGAAGAAAGCCGUACAUUCUUUCCAGCCUGGUCUUGGCUAUGCCUCUAUUAUUUCCUCAGGCCCUUUCCGUCAAUUCCCAGAGGCUCAGGAGCGCUGUUUUGUGGAGGUGUACCUUACUGACGAGCAGGACGCUCAUGGGAGUGUCUCUUGGGUUUGCGAGUAUGAAUUUUCACUCCAUCCUGACCGACUUGUUCGGAGCCUCCCUGAUGAGUUGUAAUCCUCAUCAGGAGGUGGUCGACGACUUUGAUGCCCGGCGGCAUGGCGGCGGCAUGGGUGUGUGGUUGGGUAUCUGGACCUGGUCUUGGGUUGGGUCUCUGGGCGUUGGAUUUCUUGUCGGCGCCGGCAUCAUUGACAGUCAUCCCCCAGCUUGGGGGUUCUAUGUCAGCAUCAUAACCAUUGCCGUUGUGCUUAUUCUCAACGUCGUGUGCCCCGAGGUUCGUCGGUCAGCGUAUCGACGUUCGGUAGCUGAGGUGCGAACCGGAGAAGACAUCUCACGGCGAGUAGCGCGUGGCGAAAUCAUGAUGCAUCGGGUGAAGACGGGCCCCAAGUGGUGGGGACAGGAAGUAUAUCAUGGCAUCGCACUCAGCUGUGAAAUGCUACGGCAGCCGGGAUUUGCAGUCUUGACAGUUUACUCUGCCUGGAUCUACGCCCAGGUGGUCUUGAUCAUCAUCCUUUUGGGGUCACUUGUUUCCCGGUAUUAUUACAGGCGUUCCACUGAAGUCGGCCUGUUCGUUGGAUGCAUGGCAUUGGGCGCACUGCUUGCAACACCGUUCCAGAAAGCCAAUCUAUUCUCGCGGUCUCGUCAAGCCCAACUAAACAGCAAUCUAGCCACGCUGGACAGAAAGGUUGCUUGGUCAUCUCACCUGGUUCGCCGGACCAUCUUUACACUUCUCUUGCCUCUGGCCGGAAUUGGCUAUGCGGCCGUAUCAUCGGGACCACCAAUACACGUCAGUGUACCAACACUCUUUUCAGGACUUGUUGGCUUCUUUUCCAGCCUCGCCAUCUCAGAAUGUAACGGGCUUGUCAUGGAGGCUUUUGAUUGCUCUGAUUUGUCUCCAGUGAUGACUGGACGCCAAAGAGGUGGUUCGGGCAAGAAUCAGAAGAAAACCAAUUACUCGUCAUUUCCACGGGUAACGGCAGGAUUCGCAUCUAUACAUGCCCUAGCAUUCUUCUUGGCUGCAGGGUCUACUGCUCUAGGCGGAUACGUUACCAGAACACUGGGACAGCAAGUUUCCACGGGUGUUGUGGCUGGGAUACUGCUUAUAUUGACUCUUCUGUUGCUUUUCGUUCUUCUUCGUUUCACGGAAGUUCAAAUCGUCCCCAAGUCCAAAUCACAAGAAAUGGACAGAUUGGUGGAAGCCCGUCGGCGUUCGACCAUUCGACGAGUCUCCAUGCCUAGUAACUCACAGGCCAUAAUUGACGAGGAGAGGGCGUGGCGGCCGGCCAUGAUUGGAAACCCAACAAGCAAAAAACGCCGCAUGAACAUUUUUGAGCUCGGUGGCAUGACGCGUUGGCAGGAAAUCCGGAAGAAGAAUCAGCUGAUUGACGCUGGUGCUCAUCUCAACAGAGAAGCAUGGGACCAAGGAAUGGACGCCCUGGAUGAUCAACUAGGCGAUUUCCGAAGAGAUGCACAUGAUCUUUGGCAUGGAAAGAAAUGGAGUGCAAGAAGAUUGCGUCGAACAGACGAGAGCAGCGACGCUGGUCAUCAAAUAGAGAUGAGGAACUUGGAAGAGCACGGAAAGCGUGGCAGGCGAGAGUGUGCACUGAGCCGAACCUCGGACGAGGGAGGCGAAGUCGAGAGGAGACGACGAGGCAAGCGAUGA